AUGGCUGUCCAAGAACUUAGGUACAUUGCAAACCCUUAUUUGUUAUAUUCUGAAAGUGCGAAGCCCUCCUGCUUUCUCCCGCCCGAGCCCCUCCGCCACUGUCCUGCCCUCGACCACCUUCAAGGACUACAAGUCCCGUCAUGCAGCGAGAACGCGCCGGGAGCCCGGCGACCUGCCCCUCCCUGCCCAAGCCCCGCCCCGCCCCUCCCUCCCGCAGCCCCCUCCCGCCCGGCCAGCCCCGAAGAGUUGCCCGGUGGCCGCGGCAGACGGAAGCCGAGGGAGAGCCUCGGCGGCAGCAGGAUGGGGGACUCCAAAGUGAAAGUGGCCGUGCGGAUCCGGCCCAUGAACCGGAGAGGUGAGAGCCGAGCCCGCCCGGGGCCGCGACGGUGGAGGCGGCAGGUGCCUGGCGCGCCCUUCCCUCAGCCGCGGCCGCUGUGUGGGGUCCGUCGGACCCCGCCCCUGCAGUCCGAGUCUAGGCGAGAGAGCGGCCGGCGCGCCCCGAAACCUCGUCCCCCUCGCCCGCCAGUCCUGCUCGGGGACGCCCCUCCCCUCGCCCGCACCGCGUCCCGGGCGCUGCGGGCCCCACGUCCCGGUCCGCUGCCCCUUCCGCCGGCUCGCCCGCCCUGCCCCGCCCCGUCGCCCUUUCGCCCUCUCGCCUCCCCUGCCCUUGCGGGAGAGCGCUCUGGUCCCUCGCCCCCGGCUCGCUUCCUCCUUACCCCCACCGCUGCCCCUUGCUCGUGCCCCGCUGCGUCCCCCGCUUUCUCCUUGCCAGCUGUCAGAGUGGCCCCCGUCCCUCGGGUCCUCACCCCACCAGCCUGGCCGGGACAGCCAGGGACCCCGAGGCCCCACGUCUCUGGCCCAGUCACCCCAACCCUGCACUUUUGUGAAAUUGACUUGCAUACCAAAUGUGUGGUGGAGGUAGAUGCAAACAAGGUUAUACUUAGUCCUGUAAAUACUAAUCUUUCCAAAGGAGAUGCCCGAAGCCAGCCAAAGGUGUUUGCAUAUGAUCACUGUUUCUGGUCUAUGGAUGAAUCAGUUAGAGAAAAAUAUGCAGGUCAAGAUGAUGUUUUCAAGUGCCUUGGGGAGAAUAUCCUUCAGAAUGCUUUUGAUGGUUACAAUGCAUGUAUCUUUGCCUAUGGACAGACUGGAUCUGGAAAAUCUUAUACCAUGAUGGGCACAGCUGACCAACCUGGAUUAAUUCCAAGACUUUGUAGUGGACUCUUUGAACGAACUCAGAAAGAGGAAAAUGAAGAGCAGAGUUUUAAAGUAGAAGUGUCCUAUAUGGAAAUUUAUAAUGAAAAAGUUAGAGACCUUCUUGAUCCCAAAGGAAGUCGUCAAACGUUAAAAGUCAGAGAGCACAAUGUUUUGGGACCCUAUGUCGAUGGACUUUCCAAACUGGCUGUCACAAGCUACAAGGAUAUUGAAUCUUUGAUGUCUGAGGGUAACAAAUCCCGUACCGUUGCGGCUACCAACAUGAAUGAGGAGAGCAGUCGAUCCCAUGCAGUCUUCAAAAUCACCCUUACACAUACUUUAUAUGAUGUGAAGUCUGGGACAUCUGGAGAGAAAGUGGGCAAGCUGAGCUUGGUUGAUUUAGCUGGCAGUGAGCGAGCAACAAAAACCGGGGCUGCAGGGGACAGGUUGAAGGAGGGGAGCAACAUCAACAAGUCCCUCACAACUCUCGGUCUGGUUAUCUCAGCUCUAGCAGAUCAGAGUGCUGGCAAAAACAAGAAUAAAUUUGUUCCAUAUCGUGACUCAGUUCUCACUUGGCUGCUCAAAGACAGUCUUGGGGGUAACAGCAAGACAGCCAUGGUGGCCACUGUUAGUCCAGCAGCUGAUAACUAUGAUGAAACCCUUUCAACUCUGCGGUAUGCAGAUCGAGCCAAGAACAUCGUGAACCAUGCUGUGGUGAAUGAGGAUCCUAAUGCACGAAUUAUCCGGGAUCUCCGGGAAGAAGUGGAAAAGCUCCGAGAGCAGCUAACCAAAGCAGAGGCAAUGAAAUCUCCAGAACUAAAAGACCGACUAGAAGAAUCAGAGAAGCUAAUCCAGGAAAUGACUGUGACCUGGGAGGAGAAACUGAGGAAAACCGAGGAGAUUGCACAGGAGCGACAGAAACAGCUUGAGAGUCUUGGAAUAUCUCUUCAGUCUUCUGGGAUUAAAGUUGGGGAUGAUAAAUGCUUCCUUGUUAAUCUGAAUGCUGAUCCUGCUCUGAAUGAACUUCUGGUUUAUUAUUUAAAGGAACACACAUUGAUAGGCUCAGCAAAUUCCCAAGAUAUCCAGCUAUGUGGCAUGGGAAUUCUUCCUGAACAUUGUAUUAUAGACAUCACAGCAGAAGGCCAGGUCAUGCUGACUCCUCAGAAGAAUACCAGAACAUUUGUAAAUGGCUCUUCUGUAUCUAGUCCUAUACAACUCCACCAUGGGGACAGGAUUCUCUGGGGAAACAACCACUUCUUCAGACUGAAUUUGCCUAAAAAGAAAAAGAAAGCAGAUCGAGAGGAUGAGGAACACGACACGUCCAUGAAGAAUGAUACCAGUUCUGAGCAGCUGGAUAUAGAUGGAGACUCCUCCAGUGAGGUGUCCAGUGAAAUCAACUUCAAUUAUGAAUAUGCGCAAAUGGAGGUUACCAUGAAGGCUCUGGGGAAUAAUGAUCCAAUGCAGUCCAUAUUGAACAGCCUAGAACAACAGCAUGAAGAAGAAAAACGAUCCGCGUUGGAGCGCCAGAGGCUUAUGUAUGAACAUGAAUUGGAGCAGCUACGACGAAGGCUGUCUCCUGAGAAACAGAACUGUCGUAGUGGGGACCGGUUUUCUUUCCACUCACCCAGUGCUCAGCAGCGAUUGAGACAGUGGGCGGAAGAGAGAGAAGCAACGCUGAAUAACAGCCUGAUGAGGCUGAGGGAACAAAUUGUGAAAGCCAAUCUGUUGGUGAGAGAAGCUAGUUACAUUGCAGAGGAGCUGGAUAAAAGAACAGAGUAUAAAGUGACCCUGCAGAUUCCAGCCUCCAGCCUGGAUGCCAACAGGAAGCGAGGCUCUCUUCUUAGUGAACCUGCAAUCCAGGUGAGAAGAAAAGGAAAAGGAAAACAGAUUUGGUCUUUAGAAAAACUGGACAAUAGGUUGCUGGAUAUGAGAGACCUUUAUCAGGAGUGGAAGGAGUGCGAAGAAGAUACCCCGGUCAUACGUUCUUACUUCAAGCGUGCUGAUCCAUUCUAUGAUGAGCAGGAAAAUCACAGUCUCAUUGGGGUGGCGAAUGUUUUCCUCGAGUCCCUCUUCUAUGACGUGAAGUUACAGUAUGCUGUUCCAAUUGUCAACCAGAAAGGAGAGGUGGCAGGUCGGCUGCAUGUCGAGGUGAUGCGAAUCAGUGGUGACAUUGGGGAAAGAAUUGCUGGAGGUGAUGACACCUCAGACCUCUCCUGUGAUAAGGAAACCCAGGAGAAUAGACUUGUGUGCAUGGUUAAAAUACUCCAAGCCACUGGGUUGCCACAGCAUCUGUCCCACUUUGUGUUCUGCAAGUACAACUUUUGGGAUCAACAGGAGCCAGUAAUUGUUGUACCUGAAGUUGAUACCUCCUCCUCCUCACCUGUCAGCAAGGAGCCUCAGUGCAUGGUUGUCUUUGAUCAUUGCAAUGAGUUUUCUGUUAACAUUACUGAAGACUUCAUUGAACAUCUUUCAGAAGGGGCAUUGGCAAUUGAAGUAUAUGGCCAUAAGAUGAAUGAUCCUCGGAAAAACCCAGCCCUGUGGGAUUUGGGGAUUAUCCAAGCAAAAACACGUAGUCUUCGAGACAGAUGGAGUGAAGUUACCAGAAAAGUGGAGUUCUGGGUUCAAAUCUUGGAACAGAAUGAGAAUGGCGAAUACUGCCCUGUAGAAGUAAUUUCUGCAAAGGAUGUGCCAACAGGAGGAAUCUUUCAACUCCGGCAGGGACAGUCCCGGCGAGUCCAAGUGGAAGUGAAGUCUGUGCAGGAAUCUGGGACUUUACCAUUGAUGGAAGAAUGUAUAUUGUCUGUUGGCAUUGGAUGUGUAAAAGUUAGAACACUGAGAUCCCCGAAGACUCAUGAGACCUUUCAUGAGGAAGAGGAGGACAUGGACAGCUACCAGGAUCGGGAUUUAGAGAGACUGCGUCGAAAAUGGCUAAAUGCGUUAACAAAACGUCAGGAAUACUUAGAUCAACAACUGCAGAAGCUUGUCAGUAAACAUGAUAAAACAGAGGAUGAUGCUGACCGUGAAGCGCAACUUCUAGAGAUGAGGCUGACUCUGACUGAGGAGCGAAAUGCAGUCAUGGUCCCCUCCGCUGGCAGUGGCAUUCCAGGGGCCCCAGCAGAAUGGACCCCAGUUCCUGGGAUGGAAACACACAUUCCUGUUAUAUUCCUCGACUUAAAUGCUGAUGAUUUCAGCUCCCAAGAUAAUCUUGAUGACCCAGAAGCUGGUGGAUGGGAUGCUACCCUAACCGGGGAAGAAGAGGAUGAGUUCUUUGAACUGCAGAUUGUAAAACAGCAUGAUGGAGAGGUGAGAGCAGAAGCCUCUUGGGACUCUGCCGUGCACAGCUGUCCUCAGCUCAGUAAAGGCACUCCAGCAGAUGAGCGCGUGUAUCUGAUUGUGCGGGUGACAGUCCAGCUCAGCCAUCCGGCCGACAUGCAGCUGGUAUUACGGAAACGAAUUUGUGUCCAUGUUCAUGGCCGGCAGGGUUUUGCUCAGAGUCUCCUAAAAAAGAUGUCACAUCGAAGUUCUAUUCCUGGCUGUGGAGUGACUUUUGAAAUUGUCUCCAAUAUUCCAGAGGAUGCCCAUGGAGUAGAGGAACGAGAAACAUUAGCAAGAAUGGCAGCUAAUGUUGAAAACACAGCUUCUGCUGACUCAGAGGCUUAUAUUGAAAAAUACCUCAGAAGUGUGCUGGCUGUGGAGAACCUUCUCACUUUAGAUCGUCUCCGCCAGGAAGUUACAGUGAAGGAACAGUUGACAGGAAAGGGGAAGCUGAGUAGGAGGAGUAUUAGCUCUCCCAACGUGAACAGAUUGUCUGGCAGCCGACAAGAUCUUAUUCCAUCCUAUAGUCUAGGCAGCAAUAAGGGCCGAUGGGAGAGUCAACAGGAUGUAUCACAAACUGCAGUCUCCAGAGGAAUAGCUCCAGUUGCCCCAUCCCUUCCUGACUGUCCCCCAAAUAACCAUCCUCCUGACCCAGGACUUAGUAGCCUAGCGGCCUCCUACUUGAAUCCAGUAAAAUCCUUUGUGCCACAGAUGCCAAAGCUCUUGAAGUCUCUCUUCCCUGUCCGCGAUGAGAAAAGGGGCAAACAGCCUUCUCCCCUUGCACAUCAGCCCGUGCCCCGAAUCAUGGUGCAGUGUGCCCUUGCGGACGCCGGGACCACCGGAGCUCUGGAGCCUCCCAGUGUGGCCCCCACGGUGACUGUGCCCCCGGCCCCUGUGAAGCUCCACGACAGACCGACUAAAGUGCCCACGCCGCAGGCUCCGGAGGUGCAAGAGGGGCCGCCCAGUCCCCUGAGCGAGGCCUCCAGCGGCUACUUUUCCCACAGCGUCUCCUCCGCCACGCUGUCCGAUGCAUUCACCCUUGGCCUGGACGGCGCGGCCGCCGCGGGCGGGCAGACCCCCGGCUCGCCGCCGCCCACCCUCUGCCAGGCCACCCCUGAGACGGAGCUCCCGCUUCCACCCGCGGCUGCUGUGGCUGACAGUGACCUUCCUGCCCGCCCGCUCGGCCGGAGCUGCCUUCUGUCACUGCCGGUCCCGGCAAAGCAGGAUGAGUGGGGUGACAGCAAUGGCUCCUGCAACACCAAGGAGCCGGUGUCCUCGGAGAAGGAAGAUGCAGGUGCACCCCCGACGUCUCUCCCAACUUGCGCCCCCCAGAAGGAAUCAUGCAGCGGGCAGAGCGGGGGCGAGGAGCGGCUGGGAAGGCCAGAGGACCGUGCGAAGCCGGCCGCCGGCUCAGAGCUGGACGUCUCCAAACCACAGGUGCCUCCCGACCUCCUGUCUCCGUCCCCUGCUCCCUCAUCCCCGUUCAGAAUCCAGAAGGUGCGGACCUCCGAGCUGAAGUCCUUCACACGCAUGCUGGGCGGAGACCCCAGCUGCUCCUCCGCGGCGGAGGAGGACCUACUGGCCUCAGGGGCGCUGGGCGACGGUGGGGCACGGGCACCGGUCCUGGGAAAGCUGGAAGUUUCCUCCGAUUCCGAAGAAGCCAGCGAAGUCCCAGAGUGGCUCAAAGAGGGAGAAUAUGUCACUGUGGGCACCAACAAAAUGGGCAUCGUGAGAUACAUCGGCCCCACCGACUUUCAGGAGGGGACGUGGGUCGGAGUGGAGCUGGACUUACCUUCAGGUAAGAAUGACGGCUCCAUCGGCGGGAAGCAGUACUUCAAGUGCAACCCCGGCUACGGGCUGCUGGUGAGGCCAGGCCGGGUGCGCAGAGCAGCGGGCGCGGGCCGGCGGCGCAGCGCGGGGCUCCGGCUGCAGGGUGCCCCUGAACCCCGCAGGAGCAGCACUCUCUCCGGCUCCGCCACCAACCUGGCCUCUCUGACGGCGGCUCUGGCCAAGGCAGAGGGCACUAUGGCGCUGAGGGCCGACAGGAGCCAUAAGAACCCCGAGAACCGAAAAUCCUGGGCCAGCUAAACCAGUGCUGGGCACCACACACCGCCCCCCGCCCAACCCCGGGUUGCCUCUUCCCGGGCUGCCAGUCUGCUUCCUUCUGCUUCCCAGGCAGAGGCUGACAGGCGGGGGGGUGCCUUUUCGGAGCCUUGCCAGUGACAGCCCUGGGGUGGAGUUGGGACCUGAGUGGGCAGGGACACCUCAAACCCCCUUCCGUGGGGAGCAUGGCGAGGUGUCCUUUCUGCACCACGCAGGGCUGCUGACCUCUCCCUGCUCCUCCCAGGACUCUGGAAGCUUCAGGUCUUCCUCUGCCCAGAGAAUGGGGAGGCACCUCAGCAACGUAAAGGGGUUGAUGGUUCUAGGAGCCCAGAGCAGUCCUGGAUUGUCGGUGUCAGUGGGGCCCAUGCCUGGGGUUUUCCCCUGGGACUGUUGUUCUUUUUUUCUGUUCCAAUGACCCCAUUAACAUCUUAACCAUCCCAGUGCCUUUCUCUCCCUGCAGAGGUGGGGCCUCCUCCCAUGCUGGUUCUGGCUUGCUCCCUAAGCUCACUGUAUCCCUCUGACCCCCGGAGUCCCUACACCAAGUAACAAGCUCCCAUAAGUGCCUCUGGCUGGCCUCCUGGGGCUCCUGGCAUAGGGUCCUGGGUGCCCUAGCAAGGGGCUCUGGGCCUGGCCCCUCCCAUCCUCCUCUCUUCCUUUCCACAGGGUUUCUUAGGGCUUUCUUUGUGGGUGUGUUAGUGUCUUAAUACCUGCAAAGUGUUUUCUCUUUUCCAUUUAUUCCCUAACAGAGUGCUUGGAAUAUAUUUAUUUAUAUUUAUUUUUUCAAAAUCCAAAAUCACUCGCGAGCCACAAUCGCCUGCCCAGGCAAGAGUGCCCAGGGCUUGCCUUGCACCUCGGCAGCCUGUGACGUCACUCAGAGGGUGCAGGUUCCCAGAGGGGCGAGAGGGUGAUGCCCCUCCUUAUGUCAUGACUGACGCAGAUACACCAGUGGCCUUCCUCUAAGGUAACAGUGACAACUUGGAGAAUUACUUUAUUGUGCUUCUGCAGUAACGAAGUCAGAGGCAUCACGACCUUAUUUGGUGCAAUUCUGGUUUCUUAGAAGGACCUUAGACUAGUUUCACUUUUUGGCAGUUCUCUACCCUGACUCCCUGACCCGAGCCUGGAGGACUGUGGCCUCGAAGGGCUCCCUACAUCCCUGCGGCUGGCCUUUGCCGAACCACAGACGUGGCCCGGACAAUACGAGCCCUUCAACAGCAUUGCCCCCCCUCCUGCCCUGGAGCCCUUUCUUGCCGGGCGCACUGGGGAAGGCGUCUGUGGAGGCGGGCAGAAAGCUGGAGCCUUGCAGGACUGGGUGGUGCGUGGCCCUGAGGGGGACGUGCUGGCUGGGCAGCGGAGCCACAGGGUGCUAGGGCCGAUGGGGCCCUUCCAUGGCAGAGCCACUGCUUCUCCUACUUCCUGCAGCCCUAGUCCAGUGACCACCUGCCCUGGGCGUCCUCACCAGGGCCUCAUGGACCCCAGCUGUCAGCAGGAGCCUGGUGGACAUAUGGCUGCUCAGGCCCACAGCCCUGGGUCAGGAUUCGUACACAGCACUCCUGGAAGGCCUGUUUUUAGUUCUCACGUUUAGACUCUUAAAAAACGAUGCCCAGAAAGGCUUUUCUGAAAGGUCUCAUUCUCUAGGGAUUGGAAGCCCCUCCUGAACAGUAAUUCCAGGUUCCCUGCCCCUGAGUGAGGCUGUGUGGGGCCCACGGCCAGCUGGGGAAGCAGAGACCCAUGGGCCCCCCCAGGUGUGCGGCUGCUGCAGGCUUGAUCCCCCAGGGAGGAGCCCGAGAUUAAUUAACUCCCAUUAAUUACACGUGGCGGUGCCCGCCCACCGCUGGGGCCCAGCUGUGCGCCAGGUGGAGCUCUGCCGCUCCUGCCCCGCCCCACCUCCCCGGCCGGCGAUUGGACCUCUGCCCGGGAGGUCCACGCUCGGCGCCUUCCCGGGACCUCGGCCUCGCCGGCCCAAAGCGCGAGCUGCCCCCCGAGGAUGGGGCCGGAGCUACACCCCCGGCGUAGCUUCAGCUCCGCAGAUGUUCGUGGUUGCCGAGCUGGAAGGGAACUUCUCAAGGGGAACAGGCUGAAACCGAGGAGAGAGCGCUGCCUUCCAGCUUGUAGAAGCGCCAGCGUCGGACUCCCAGCGCGGCGCUCUCAGCUGUUCCCCAGAAGCACCGGCCCCUCCUCACAGCACCCUGGCUGCCCUCCCACCGCCUGGGGCCCCGGCGCUCUGAGCGCCCAGCUCCCCCGGGACCAAGCCUUCGCAGUCCCGUCCUCGCCGGCAGGGGGCCGUUGGCCCUGCAGGUCGGUGUCUCAGUUCCUCCGGUCGUGGCGGCCACGAGCGCAUCGGGGCUGGUGGUGUGCCCCCGGGAGGGCUGGCCUGGGCCCCUACUGGGCGCCUCUGGUGUGAGGGGAUCCCGCCCGGGGCGGCAGCUACGCCCCCGCGGUCUUGCGUGCUAUGGGUCCUGGGCUCUGCUCUUCUGCUUAACGUCCUUCCCGGCGCAGAAGUCUUCUAACAGCCGGUCUCUGUGGACACCAGCAUCCGUGUGGUUCAUGGACGUAGGUCCCGCCACUGCCCAUUUCUCUGAGGGGAGCAGCUCUUGCUCCCGCAGCCUCGGGUUACCUGCCUGUGGGCCCACGUCACCCACCAGGCUCCCUGGGGAGAACCAAUGGAAGGUGGCUUGGCCCUUCGUGAUCCUCACUUACUGGGCAAAGUACUUGCUGGAGCCCAACUGCCGGUAACGUGGCACCGACCACGCUCUGUGGAACCAUCUGGGGAAGGUCAGUUGGGAGGCGAGGGCUGUGGUUCUCGCUCUGUCACUAGGGUUAGUUCAGAUGCAGCAGACCGUGAUGGAAUUCUGGGCUGGAGCAGGGUUUUAGGGGGCCAGAGCUUGCAGGGACAGUGGAAGAGCCUGGACAGACUGAGUUCAGAGCAGCCCUGGCAUGGGAAGACUUUCCAGACCACCUCUCUCUGCCAUGCUCCCCACCUCCCCUUUGCCUGGGGCCAGCUUUUUAAAUGCUGGCAAGCGUCCUCUGCCUGAGAUCCCCCACCCCGCCUUCCUGUUCCUGCAUCUCUGCCUCUCCAGCAGCCCCCCCUCCCGCCCCACACCCAGCGUGGGUGGGCUUCGGGCCAUGCUGGGCCUUUGAGCACCUGACCGAGCGCCGGGCGGGGCAGCUCUGUUGCCUUCCUGGGUGGGAAGGUUGUCGGUCCCCCUGGGAGGAAGGUGCUACAGCGGCUUCUUGCCAGGGGUUUCCUGCGAGUGGAGUGAGCUUUGGGAUCCGUCCCGCAGCGUGUGAGAGAGGAGCGGGCCGUCCUGUAGGUGUUCUUGGGCUGUCACCAGGGCUGGGCGGUCACCAGUGCUGGGAGAAGCGGGUGUGGCUCUUGUGCCCCAGCUGUGGCCCCGCGGGCACCCUGGCAGCCAUGAGGGCUGGGCCGGAUCCUUGCAGGGACAGGGUUUGCGGCCCUGAGCCUCCUCUCUUCUUGCUCCGCCACCGGAACUUCCCUUCCAGCCCACGUGUCGGUGGAUAACACGGGGUGCUGGUGUCACUCCGUUGCAGUCUGCUGUCUUCCUGGGCAGCCCGGGGUAGCCCCGCUUCUUCCCGGGGAGAGUGAUGCAAGUCAGAUGGAGGCCCCCGUCCUGCUUGGUCUGUGGCCUUCGCUCUGGCUUCUUGGUGCAGAUUCAACGGUAACUCGUUACUGGAAAGCAGUGACAUGAAGUAGACAUGGUCACUAAAGCCAUAACCCAGGCAGUCCCCACAACCCAGCAUUUAUUGGGCCAGAGGAGCCGUCUUUUGGGUCGUGUGAUCAUGGGAGAGAGAGGGAAGGGCCCCAUUUCCUGUCUUCUGUUCUCUCCUUACGGGUGUUAUGUUAAAUGAUGUGUCAACGCUAGGAUUCCGGACGUGGUUCCGGCAGGUCCCAGGCUCUGGAAUUGGGGGUGACAGCAAGAGGGGAUGGGCUGCCUGGCCACAGGUACAGCAUGAGGACUUGUCAGAGGCCAGAUAGGGGCUGCAGUGGGGACAGCUGUCCAGAAUCCCAGCCUGGCCAGAGGGCGCGGGAGCAGAAGGAAGCACAGCCAGCGCGUGUAACUGGGGCCAGCCAUGAAGGGCCUUGUGUGUUUGCUGAGAGAUUGGAGCAUCCGUUGAGCUGUGAAUGGGACCCUUGCAGAUUUGAAAGGCUUUAGGUGUUUCCAUCCCCCAUUACUCCCCUUCCCCUUCUCCUCUUGGCUUAAUGUUCCUUGUGAGACCCACAAGAAGUUCAAGGGUAUUUAUUUUCCUGGCUAAGAUUAGCCCUACUUGCCUGAGGUCGCUUGAGGCCUGCAUCUUGGACAGGGAGUGCCCAAGGAGGCGGCCAUCUGUCUGUCGUGCCUUACCCUGGGGACGGCGAGUGCAGCCUGUCUUCUGUGCCUAAAGACACUGGCUCGAUGAUCUCCACCGGUCUCUCUUUCUCAGAGAAGUCCGUCGUGCCUUUAGCCGGGCUGCUGACACUAAUUUUGUGGGGAGGGUCUUGGAACAGUUCUGUAAAUAGGAUGGGUUCACGUAUAACGAAGUGGUUCUGAUUGGGGGACUGUAUUGAUUUGCUGCACAUGAAAUGGGAGUUUAAAAAAAUCCAAAGACUCUGUAAUGAAUUGUAAAGACUGAAUGAUUUGUAUUAUAAGAUGAACUAAACCUCUGUAAUUUUGUACCAUAUAUGCCUUUCUGUCAUAUGACCAGCAGCCUCUAAAUAAAACCCGAUU